GUUCUGCUCUACGCCACCUGCAGCCCAUUUCGAUCGCCAAUCUAUGAAACUCGAAAAGAGGGACAAUUAAUUGCUGAGGGAGUUGCAGAUUCCACUACAGCUCAUACUGUUAGUUUAGUUAAUCGUCAAAAAACAGCAAAAGGUGCUCCGGUAUCUUUCCCUUCUCUUAUCAUGUCGAAAAAGGAAAAGCUGUUGUGCCAAUAUUUAGGAGAUAUAAUUGUCCUUACUAAUAUAGUGAGUUUCCUGGAUGUAUUAAGUAACAUUAAAGAGUUACUUAAUACUGAAGAAGAUAUAUCGCAAAUUAGCUUUGAAAAUAUCACUGAUUCUGAAGAAAUAAACCUUCUGGAUCAAUUAAAGUUGCUAGUCGAUCCUUUUAAGGAUGCAAAAGUGAAUUUACUUCUAGAUCUAUUCUCUAAUGAUGAUUAUUUUAAAACUGUUGCGUGGGAAAAAUCAGUGAAAAAGCUUGAGCCACUAAUAUUUGCUGAAGAAACCAUAAAAGAAGCACCAAAUGAAAAUACUAAUGUUCCUCUUAAAAGACUAGCCAGAAAACUUUUUGAUAUAUUAAAUAUAUCGCAAGAAAAUUUCCCACCUUUUAUUGACUUAGUAUCAUUUCUUUUGAACGAAAUGCAUCAUUCUGAAAAGACUUCUUUGAAAGAAACUUUGGAUAAAAUAAUAGAGGAAACCGAGAAGAUUUUGAAGGAUAGUCCUAUUUACUUUAAAUAUGUAUCAAAGCCACCAUUCCAUAAAACUAAUUUUUCAAAUAUAUUAGGAAUAGGAAUAUUUAUUGCUAAUCAAUCCUGUGACGCCCUUGUCGAAAAAAUUUUGGACUUAAUAUUGGAAAUUGAUAGAGGCCAUUCAGAUUUUUCUAUAUCCAGUCAAUCAAUAAUAGGAUAUUCAAUGAUAUUAGCAAUUAAUCCUAUAAAACUUUAUAUAGAAGAUAUCUAUAGCACCUGUAGAUUCAGAUCAUUUUCAUCUAUAGAACGAAGUAAAUCAGCAUUGAAAAUUAUCUUCAAUGAGUAUUCUAAAUACACGCCUCCCACUCCAGAGUAUCAACAGAUAAAAAAAAGCAUAGAUUUACUGAACCAAAUUGAUGAAAAAUUUUGUGAUUCUAGUGACACUGAAUAAGGAUUUGCAAAUCCAUAAUUCAAUGUUGAAAGCAAUCUGCAAUAUCGUGUUUUUUUUUUUUUUUUAUUAUUAUUUAUUUUUAUUU